UAUUCAUAAUAUUUUUCCUCUUGUUCUUGAACUCUUUCUAAACUCCGAUGUCUUUCCCUCAUUUCCAUCCAUGGCUUCCCAUCUUCCUCGUCCUCUCUUCACUUUUCAUCCUCCUAAAAUGGAAAGCAGCUGCAAACAGAAGACAUGGUAAUUUUCCUCCAAGCCCACCAAAGCUUCCAAUCAUUGGAAACAUGCAUCAACUUGGCAAGCUCCCACACGAAUCCCUAUGGCGCCUCUCUCAGCUUUACGGUCCCAUUAUGAGUCUUAGCCUAGGUCGUAGAGAAACCAUCAUCAUAUCAUCUGCCGAGACUGCUCGUGCCAUCUUGAAAACCCACGAUCUUCAAAGUUGCAGUAGACCACAAACCCAAGCUACAAAAAAAUUUACUUAUAAUUUUCUUGAUAUUGGGUUUUCGCCUUAUAGUGAUUACUGGAGAGAGAUACGCAAAAUUUGUAUGCAAGAGUUGUUUAGUAUGAAGAGGGUGAUAUCUUACGAACCCAUUAGAGAUCAAGAAGUUGGUUUAUUUAUUCAAUCGAUUUCGAAAUUUGCUUCUUGUGGAGAUGUUGUUGAUCUUACUCAAAAAUUAUUUGCUUUCACUCGUGGUAUUAUUUUUAGAAUUGCUUUUGGGGGAAAGAGGUUUGAAGGGAAUGUAUUUCAUGAGCUUGUGAGUGAAGCUAUCGCAUUGUUGGGAAGUUAUAGUGCUACUGAGCUUUUUCCUGUUCCUUUUAUUGGGAAAACCAUUGAUUGGUUCAGUGGACGAGAAGCUAAAUUUGAGAGAGUUUUUAAUGAGAUCAACUCUCUGUUUCAAGAGGUAAUUGAUGAACACCUUCAUCCCGAGAGGCCUAAACCAGAACAAGACGAUAUUAUUGAUGUGCUUUUGACUAUUAGUAAAAAGCAAGUUGAAUCUUGUACUAUUGUCAUUACCCAUGAAAACAUCAAAGCUAUUCUUUUGAACAUAUUUUUAGCAGGAAUAGACACUAGCUCAGUUGCAGUAGUCUGGGCAAUGGCAGAACUCACGAAGAACCCAAAAUUGAUGAAGAAAGCUCAAGAAGAAAUCAGACACUAUGUGGGAAACAAACGAAAGGUAACAGAGAGGGACAUAGAAGAGCUUCCAUAUCUGAAAAUGAUAGUGAAAGAGACACUAAGACUACAUCCACCAGGACCUCUUCUUAUUCCAAGAGAAAUCAUCUCCCAUUUCAAAAUUGAAGGCUACGAUUUUUACCCAAAAACAAUGGUUCAAGUGAACGUUUGGGCAAUUGGACGAGACCCCACAUGUUGGACCGACCCAGAAGAAUUCAUUCCAGAGAGAUUUUCAGAGAGCUCGAUUGAUUACAAAGGACAACAUUUUGAGUUCUUGCCGUUUGGGGCUGGUCGGAGGAUGUGCCCGGGGUUAAAUAUGGGGGUGAAAACUGUGCAGUUGGCUUUAGCGAAUCUUUUGUACCAUUUUGAUUGGAAGCUGCCGAAUGGGAUGAAGGAGGAGGAGUUGGACAUGGAAGAGAAUUCGGGUUUGAGUCUCACCCUCCACAAAAAGUUGCCUCUCAAGCUUGUACCAAUUUUAUACCAUCCAUGAGUAGUUUUAUGGCUUAGGCUAAUAAUGGGUAUUUUUAUAUGUAAUAUAUUAAUGUUUAAACU